AUGGACCUCAUUGGACCUAUGCCUGAGGGCAAAUGCCAGGUAAAGUACGCAGUUGUCGCUGUAGACUACUUCACCAAGUGGGUUGAAAGUGAAGCCUUAGCUACCAUCACUGCAGCUCGCAUCGAAACAUUCGUCUGGAGAAAUAUCGUAUGUCGCUUCGACAUCCCUCACGCCAUGGUCACAGACAACAGUCGGCAAUUUGACAAUGAUAAAUUUAAGCAAUUUUGCUCCAACCUCAAGAUACGUCUUUGUUUUGCCUCCCCACCCCCCAGUCUAAUGACCAAGUUGAAGCUGUGA